AUACUAUUUGAUAUUCGAUCAACACCAAGAGCAAUUUCUACAAUCACUGGAAGUAAAGAUCUACAGAAUGUUUCCAUUACUCUUCGUAUUCUUCACCGACCAGAUCCAACCAAGCUGCCCAACAUCUAUUUGAAUAUCGGUUUGGAUUAUGCUGACAGAGUCUUGCCAUCCAUCACAAAUGAGGUGCUAAAGGCUGUAGUGGCUCAGUUUGAUGCACAUGAAAUGAUCACUCAAAGAGAAACUGUAUCGCAACGUGUAUCAUUGGCCUUGUCUCAGCGAGCAGCCCAAUUUGGACUUCUCUUGGACGAUAUCUCCAUCACCCACUUGUCUUUCGGACGCGAGUUCACAGAAGCCGUUGAAAUGAAGCAGGUUGCUCAACAAGAUGCAGAAAAGGCUCGGUACCUUGUAGAAAAAGCUGAGCAGAUGAAAAUUGCUGCCAUUACUACAGCUGAAGGAGAUGCACAGGCUGCAAAACUACUUAGCAAGGCAUUUGCCGAUGCUGGAGAUGGAUUGAUUGAAUUGCGAAAGAUCGAAGCAGCUGAAGAAAUCGCUGAUCGCAUGUCAAAGGCCAGAAAUGUCACCUACCUUCCGGGGAAUCAGAACGUCUUGCUCAACUUACCACAUUGA